AUGGAAAUGAUCAAACGCUUUCCAUAUUCACCUGGGAAACUGUACAAAGAAAGGAGAAUCUUGUCUGUCGUGGAUGUCAAAAAAAGGCUUAGCCCUUUUGAAGGGUUUAUGCAUUUGCUUAAUAUGGAUUAUCAAAUUCAAGCAUUUGCCAAGUGCAUCAGUAGUGGAGCACUUCUAGCGUUUCUGUUACUAGUGGGAUUUGAUGGAAGACCAGCUCCUGGAAAGGGGCUCACUAAUGAACUUAAUGUUCUGGUGGCUGGUCCUUGGAACACAGUUUCUUUGAACAAGGGCUGUUAUAAGGGGCAAGGGACAAUAUCAAGACUCAUUACAUAUGAUGGAGUUAAACAGAGACUAUGGGGAAUUCAUUUGUCAGCUCCAGCAGAACCUGCCCAAUUACAGUUAACGGGAAAAUAUGGGAAAGCAGACAAGCGAUACAGCUGGAAGAAAGGAAUCAGACCAUUUUGCUUUAGGCUACUGCAAAAAGUAAGCGGCUUCAGGUGGAGACUCUGUGACUUUUGGAGAAAAUAUUAUUGGGGCAGUGGUGGAUGUUCCUUUCUUUCUCGGCAGCAAUUUCCUCCAAAAAAGAACUCCAGUCCUUGA